UGGAAAUGUCAGCCCGGCCGGAGCGGGAUUCUUGGAGCCACAAGUACCGGAGACAGCUUUCCACUGACGGCCAGCAGUACCGGCAUAUGACGGAGAUACUACACCGGUCGAGCGGAAUGGCAGUGCAUGGUUUGUCUGGAGAUGCUGUGAGUCUGAAGGGAACUCUGUCAGCGUAUGAGGAAAACGUCCCAAUAGCUCUUCCUGUACUGUUGGAUGUGGUCAGGGGUCCAGACCAUCUUCCUGCAGAUGAAAAGUCACAGGAAAUGCUGAGAGGAAAACUGUGCGUGCUGGAGGCUGACAGCUCCGAGGUCAAUACCCUAUUUAAGGAGCUGUCGGCCCAUCUCAUCUCCAUCAGCAGUGAAAGAAAAGCCAUUUAUGUGAUGUUCACAACAUUUGAAGACAUAUGGAAGUUCACCACAUAUUACAAAAUAGGUUUCCUGCGCCAUUGUAUGGAGAACCUACUGCUGGACCAGACGUUCUGGCUCAGUUCUUUGAAGGAUGACUUUGCUGUUGAGGUGACCAUUCAGGAGGAAACACUUAACCUUUUCUACAGAGGCAUCCUCCUACAAGAAGGUUCAUUGUUUGCCAGUUGCAGUGCCAGCCAGAUGUUUGACAGUUCAACCUCUGGAGGAGACCUGUACUUGGAGCAGGGAGACAUAGCCCAGUUCGAGCCUCCCUUCCUAGGCUCAGGGUGGACUGUUCUCUGUCUGGCUGAUGGAGCGCGGGGCACUGCACCUAAACCUGCUCUGGAGCCAGUUAUCCCUUUCCAUCAAUGGUUUCUCAAAUCUUGUGCAGAAAGCAUUUUGAUAGGUGAUGGGAAAUCUACCUGUGACUUCCCUCUGCACUUUGCCAGAGGAACCUGUGUAGCUACAAAGGAGUAUGAUGCUGAGGGCCCAGACGAGCUGAGCGUGUCACCUGGUGAUCCCAUCACGAUUGUGGGAUUUUUGGUGCCUUGUUUUGAUUGGUUCACGGGGAAGAAGGAAGUAACAGGAGAAAUAGGUCUGGUCAGGACAAGCUUGGUAAAACCGUCCACUGAUGCUUAUGACUCUGCAGAGAUUUUUUUAGAUGAAGAGGAUUGGAUUUUCUCGAGUCUGCAAGAGGAAAAAGUCAUUGAAGAAUCAAUCGCCAUAUUGAAGAAAAAAUCUCAUAAUGAUAUUGGGCAUAAUUACAAACUAGCCAGUUCUUCAAGAAAAGUUGAGUCUGAACAGGAAGAGUUCAAGAUCAAUAUUCACAGGUUUCUUGAUCAAGAAAAAGAGUCGACCCCUCAUUACACCGUAACCAAGAGGGAGACUCUUGAGGAAUCGGGCCUGGCUACGGAGGCAAAAACCCCCAAACUUCCCUCUUUCAUGGUCCAACCAGUUGAAGGGAACAAAAACACAUUCAUUCCACUCUUAUCUUUUUUGGACGGCCGAGACUACAAAGUAGAGUUUGGCUUUCUGUAUGGACUGAGUUCUGAAAAACUGGCCUCCUGCACUUUCACUGGUCACUGUGAUGAGGAUGAACUGAUUUCCUUUCUGGGUGUUGCCAGGGAGACAGCCAGGAAGAAAAACCUUUUCUGGUCACAAACUCGUUUAUGCUUCCUGUUGGGGAAGCUCUGUGUAGGUAGGUCAAAGUUCAAUCAAGCCCAGGUUUACUUUGAGGAAACUCUCAGUGUCCCAAGAGAAGGCUUCACAGACCUCAGACUGUUGGCCAGCAUCUUCUCCAACCUUGCUGCAAUAUAUCUUUUGCAGAAAAAUACAGAAAGUUUCUUUGCUGUGACAGAACGACUUGUUGCCUUGCUAAUAGGAAUCCCAGACUGUCUGAAAAGCUUAGAGGACAACUCUUCUCUUAAAUACAUGCUCAAGAAAGCUAUCCUCUCUCACAACAAAAUGGCAGAAGCUCGGGCUUGUCUGCUAUUGGCGAAGCACCACUGGACUUCUGCUAUGGGAGCUCAAGUUGUUCCUUAUCUGGAAAGGCUACUCAUUCUUUGUGAUGAAGCUCAAAGACCAUGGAGGAUCUCUCCCAGUCAUGGAUAUCUGGCACUGGGAAAGCUUUACAGUGAACUUCACCGUCCCCACCUCAGUGCCAGUUCAGUCAGGAGAGCUUCUCUGCUGCCCUCUGCCACGCUCUCUGACUGUCUUGGCAGUAUGGUAUUACUUUUGGACAGUGUCGCUGAACAAGAAACCCCCAUUCCACCUCAGAUGGCUCCAUAUUUGCACAAAGCUCUCACUUUUACAAAGCUCCAAAGUAGAGAGAGAAACCAUUACCAAAUUUUGAGCCACCAGCUCACUGUUUGUCUUUGCCAACUCUAUUGCAAACACAAGAUGACGGGACAUGCGAUUUGCCAUAUGCAGGCUCUCAUCAACAACAGUCCUUCGAGGCAAGUUUAUGUCUCUGUUUCAGAAAGAAAAGGUUUUCUCAUCUGGCUGGCGUGGCUUCACAUUGACAACAGUCAGUCUGCACUUGCUUUGGACAUACUGGAAUCAAUCCUGGCUUCGAUUCCAGAACACUGCACAACUCCUCAGGAAGGUGUGGUUCUCAACAUGCGGGGCGUGGCACUUCGAUGUAUGGGUGAUGUUCGGAGGGCAGCAGAGAGCUACCAGGCUGCUAUUGACAUCUGCCAAGAGUUUGAAGAUAUGCCAAACGGGGCCGUAGCUCAGGCCAAUCUAGGGUUGUUGUGUCUGAAGGCUGGAGCAAAAACACUAGCAGAGAGGCAUCUGUCUGAGGCAGUUCAGCUUUUCUCUGAGCUCAGUGAAGAAAGCAAUGUGGAAAACUUUAUCCCCGUAUUGAUGGAGCUGGGAAAGUAUUAUGUGAAGCAACAGCAGCUGGACUAUGGGAAAGGAUGCUAUGAGUGGGCUCUGCUUCUGGCAAUCAAUGCUAACUUAUUAGAGUACGAGCUCAGUGUAACAAGAUGUCUGUGUCGUCUGUAUGAGUGUAAGAUUCCAAACCAGGCUCAGUGGAUAAUCUACAGUCAGCACCAAGUCCAGCUGCUGAGACGCACCGGAUACAGAGAACAGGAGGGAGAAGCACUGGAAGCAAUCAGCCAGAUCUACCUUUCUAUUGGCACACAACAGGCGUACCGAGCUGCUCUUGACUACACCAAGACCAGUCUGGGUAUUUUCAUUGACCUGGGCUGCAAGGAGAAGGAAGCAUAUGGCUGGCUACAAGCCGGGAAGAUCUACCAGCUGCUGGGCCAGAUUGAACUGGUGGACAUUUAUGUUCAGGCAGCUCAGGAUGUAGCUUUGAGCACAGGAGACACAAGCUUUAUCUUGAAGCUUCUUGAAACUGCAGGAGACAUUUUCUUCGACAGCUGCCGGGACAGGGACAAGGCUGUCAUCUUCUACAGGGACCGUGCUCUGCCAAUCGCAGUGAAGAGCAACAGCAUUCGCAGUAGACUGAGGUUGUGCAAUAAGCUCACUGAAGUGAUGUUCUGUCUCAAGCUGUAUGGGGAAGCAGUGGAGUUUGCUCAUAUUGCAGCUGACAUCAGUAAGAGUCUGGGUGAGCAUCUGAAUGAGCGAGUGGCGUACCACCGUCUGGGCUCACUGUACCACUGUCUGAAACAGUAUGAACUGGCUGAGCACUAUUACCUGAAGACCCUGACCCUCUGCCCAACACCUCUGCAGUUCGACGAGGAGCCACUGUAUUAUGUGAGGCUGUACCAAACACUGGGAGACAUUAUAUUCACUGACCUGAAGGACCCUUUUGAUGCUGCUGGAUACUACCACCUAGCUCUCGCUGCAGCUAUGGAUCUGGGCAACAAAAAGUCUCAGUUGCAGCUGUGCACCCAACUCGCCACCAUCUACCACAACUUCAUAAUAGACCGGGAGCGCUCUCUCUUCUUUUAUCAAAAGGCACGAGGCUUUGCUGCAGAGCUGAACGCAAAGAGGAUAAAUAUUUCACCAGGUCAGCAAUACAGCAGCGCACAAUACAAGAAUAUAGGACAGUAGGAGGGACACUGCAUGAAGACAGAAGAUGUUAUUUUUUGGUACGGAGUAGACAUGGAGCAACUUUGGGACAAGACGUUCCACACUGAAGAUGCUUUUCAAAUCACAAGUUUCACAAUUUUGUUUUCCAACAUGAUGAUAAAAUCAAUCAUUUCAGAGAAAAAACUGAUUUUUUUCAGCAGUUUAAAUAAUAAAACAU